AUGUCUCACGAAUUCCAUCUUGGCGUUCGUGAUUCUACCUCACGGAACAAUCUAUAUCCAUCAGAAAGACCAACACGUGCUCUUAUUCAGCGUGAGAAACGAAGAAAUAAUAGAGCGGCCUGUGGAGGCUCACAGGAUUGUUUUGGUGAUGAUUUCAUGAUUUUCAUUUGUACUGUAAAAGGGAUAUUGAGCCACGAGGCAAAGAUGUAG